AUGGCGUCGGCACAGCAGGUUCUGCUCUCCCCAGCAGAGCUCGCCUACCUCCACUCAACCCUCUCCCUCACGCCGCCCAUCCGCCCCGACGGCCGCAAAGCGAACCAGUUCCGGCCCCUUACAGCCGAGACAGGCAUCCUUCCUGGCACCAACGGGAGCGCGCGUGUGUGCUUCUCCGACGGCACUGAGGCCAUUGUUGGCGUCAAGGCUGAAAUUGAGAAGACACCCAAGCCGCCCGGCAGCGAUGAAGACAUUGAGGAGACGAAAAAAGCAAGGCAAGACGGCGAGGAGGCAAGAGGCCGUAACGAAUGGCUCGAGAUUACCGUCGAAAUCCCCGGUUCCAGAGACGAUGACGCCGCUACCAUCUUCCUGGCCAACAUGCUGAGCGAGGCGCUGCUUGCCGACGGAGAGUUUUCAAAGAAGUUGCGAAUUAACAGCCGUUUCCACUGGAAGCUUUACCUCGAUGUUCGUAUCACCGUCUUACGGUUCUCACAAGAUAGCGCUAACUCUGAUGCCUCACAGAUCCUUCUCAUCUCUCCACCCCUCUCGUAUCCGCUGCCUUUGCUCUCUUUAACCACCCACAUCGCGCUCCUCGCAACCCGCCUGCCGCGCCUCAAAUCAGAGGGCGAUGAAGACCCGAUGUUCGACGACGACUGGGAGGCUUCGACCUACCUGUACCCCCGUGAAGGCAACGUCUCAACCUCACGACCUCCCAUCACGCUGUUGGUUAUCGCCGUGGGAAACAACAUCAUUUUCGAUCCCGCACGUGAAGAGCUCGCGGUUGCUGAGUCGGCGUUAGCAGUAUCCGUCGCCGAGGAGCGAAGGGCAGGCCAUACUGGAGCCGGGGACAUGGAUGUGGACGGGUCGGGCAGAGAGCUGAAGUUGCUUGCCGUGAGAACAGUGGACCCACCGUCGAGGCUGACGGCGCCUGGUGUGCCCAACUCCGCGAAUCCCGCGACGGGUCUGGCAGGCACGCCGUCGAAGCAGCCGCCUACUCCCCCGCCCACGGACGGCCAACCGGCGGAGGGCGUCUGGAAGCCGCCGAUAGGAGGUGCCAAGCUGAACGUCCUAGAAGAUAUGAUUGCCAAGGUGUUAGAGAAGGGAGGCAUUGCGGACGAGGUGCUGGAUGGCAUCGCUGGUGUAGAUCUGUCUUAG